AUGGGUCCAAUGCUUUGUUUGGUUGGCAGGCUUGGGAAUAAAGUUGCGGAGAAACCACCACCGCCCGCUCUUGUCGGUUUGUGUGAGAAAUCCAUUCGACAGCCUUGCGAUCUUCAAGGGUGUUGCGAAGUGGUGAUUGUGGAAGUGGGAGCUCAAGUGGCCACAGUACAAGUAUUUGCAAAAGAUAGAGCACAAGGCACUGCAGGAGGAGAUAUUGGCGAUGAUGCAGAGCAUUAUCAGCAUGAGAACAUUAAUUUGAAUGAUGACAUGGCUUUCUUUGAAAUGGCCACCGAUGAUUUUGUUAUGUCAACAGAAGAACCCAUUCCUACUCAGUCUCCUAUGGUAUCUGAUGCCGAAAUGGUUGGUCCAGGAUUUCAGGCGCUCGCUGAUUCUACAGCUCGAGAAGAAGCUCGUGAAGCAGCUCGUGAAGCUCGUGAAGCAGCCCGCAUAGAGGCCGAGAAAGUUGUCUUGCAGAGCGUGAUGAAAAAGAUAACAUUGUUAGGGUGA